GCGACAGGCAUAGAUGCACAAGCCCUCGUCGCAUUCAGUCCAGGGAUGAGAGACGCCCGGGAGAAACUUCAAUGGGUGUCAGCGCGUGUCACCACGUGGCAGGAAGAUAUUGCAUACUCAUUGUUUGGUAUCUUCGGCGUCAACCUGCCUGUCAUUUAUGGGGAGAAGAAGCAAAGGGCGCUUGGGAGGCUCUUGCAGGAGAUCGUAGCCCAGUCGGGUGACAUCAGUGCCCUGGACUGGGUGGGGCAAUCAUCCGAAUUCAAUAGCUGUCUGCCAGCCGAUAUUACUUCAUAUAAAGCUCCACCAUACGCCCUGCCAUCUCUGUCCGAACAUGACAUUCAACUGUCGAUUUCCUCGCUCCGACAUGCUAUGGCUGUGGAUUUGGCAUUGGAAAUUUACGCCCUGCUUGACAAGCAGAACGCGCCUCGUUUCACGAACUGCAGACUCCAUCUGCCUUGCAUCGCAUUUCGUGUCACAGCAAUCAAACAGAAUCGCGCUGAAGACCAGGAGACAUAUGAAGUCAAGGCCGAAGGGCUUCAUGACCUGCUGAUCACCACGAAGGACAAGCUGAAUCAGCCCUCAUCAACACGACGCACUAUGCAGUCAUUCUUGCUUGUUUGUCCGUGGAAUCGUAAUCUCCUCGAGCUUCCUGGCCUCGCAGAGCCGCCUGGCUUGGCAGAGCUACCAGACGUUGCUGACGAUACGCAGAGCGAAGAAGUUUAUUGGUCUGCACCCGGGUCUCCAUUACAGACUUCGCCUAGCUUGGCAGAGCUACCAGACGUUGCUGACGAUACGCAGAGCGAAGAAGUUUAUUGGUCUGCACCCGGGUCCCCAUUACAGACUUCGCCCGGGGGGUUCCCUGAAGCACAGGAGUCAGUUGAUUCGGAACUGAGCGAUCGAUCUUUGCGAUUGAUUGUUCACCUUGAACAGCCUUUUGGCGCAUUUUUGCUAGCGCAUCAGCGUGGCGGAGAAUACAAGAGAGUCGCGUCAGAUCAUGAUAUUAUUGCACAAGUCAAAGACUUUUCUUCUAUUCCGGACAUGGUCAAAACGCUAGAGAUAUUGUAGGGGUGUGGUUUAUAAGAAUGUGAAUCUGACAUAUGAGACGAGCAAU